AUGAUGGCUCAGACGACGCCGCCGAGUUCGAUGGGAACUGCCAAGCCGGGCACGACUGAGGGCGCGGGACCAUCUCAGACGACGCCGAGCACGACAGCGACAGUGACGACGACGGCGAGUGUGGCCGGGCCGCCGGAAGUUGAAUCGACGAUACAGCGGCUUUCCGAACACCGGAACGUGCGUGGGGUGAUCAUCCUCAAUCGCGACGGCGUAGUUAUCCGCUCCUCCGGCCCCGUCUUCCAGGGUAACGACGGUGCUGUUGUCCUCCGUCGGUACGCCUCCGAAGCCUACAAGAUUGUCGACGCCGUAGGAAGCUCUGUCGAUCGCAUGGAACUCGACGACCAACUGAGGUUUCUCAGAAUCAGAACUCAACAGCACGAAUUGCUCAUCAGCCCUGAGCCCAAAUUUACUCUGGUCGUCAUCCAAGACCCAAACAAAUAA